AUGGAACCACAGGUUACACUAAAUGUGACUUUUAAAAAUGAAACUCAAAGCUUUCUAGUUUCUGACCCAGAAAAUACAACUUGGGCUGAUGUGGAAGCUAUGGUAAAAGUUUCAUUUGAUCUGAACACUAUUCAAAUAAAAUACUUGGAUGAGGAAAAUGAAGAGGUAUCCAUCAACAGUCAAGGAGAAUAUGAAGAAGCACUUAAGAUGGCAGUUAAGCAGGGAAACCAAUUGCAGAUGCAAGUCCAUGAAGGCUGUCGUGUUGUCGAAGAAGCCCCACCCCCUAUUGGAACAGAAAAACGACCAGUUGCUAAGACAGGAAAGAAGCCACUUGCACAUUAUUCUUCACUGGUGAGAGUCUUGGGGUCAGACAUGAAGACCCCAGAGGAUCCUGCAACACAGCAGCUUCCACCUGCUCCACGUAAUCCAGACCAGCCUCAAGACAAGCCCCCUGACUGGUUCACAAGCUACCUAGAGACAUUCAGAGAACAAGUGGUUAAAGAAACGGUUGAAAAGCUUGAACAGAAAUUACGCGAGAAGCUUGUCCUCCAGAAUCCAUCCUUAGGUUCAUGUCCCUCAGAAGUUUCAAUGCCUGUUUCAGAGGAGACACUGUUUUUGCCAGAAAACCAGUUCAGCUGGCAUAUUGCUUGCAGCAGCUGCCAAAGGAGUAUCAUGGGUGUGCGCUACCAGUGCAGCCUCUGCCCAUCCUACAAUAUCUGCGAAGAUUGUGAAUCAGGGCCAUAUGCCCAUGACUCCAACCAUGUCCUGCUGAAGUUGCGGAGACCGGUUAUGGGUUCCUCUGAACCGUUUUCUCACUCGAGGUUGUCUACUCCUCGCCUUCCUGCUGCUCUGGAACAGGCCAGGCUCCAGAAGCAAGUUGAUAAGAACUUUCUUAAAGCAGAAAAGCAAAGAUUGCGGGCUGAGAAGAAACAGCGUAAAGCAGAGGUCAAGGAACUUAAGAAGCAGCUUAAACUCCACAGGAAGAUUCAUCUAUGGAAUUCGCUUCAUGGGCUGCAGAGCCCCAAGUCUCCUUUGGGCCGACCCGAGAGCCUGCUGCAGUCAAACACCCCGGUGCUCCCUCUGCAACCCUGUGCCCCAGUUAUGCCGACACUCAGUGCCGCAUUUGUGGACGAGAAUUUGCCUGAUGGGACUCACCUCCAGCCAGGAACCAAGUUUAUCAAACACUGGAGGAUGAAAAAUACAGGAAAUGUCAAGUGGAGCACAGACACAAAGCUCAAGUUCAUGUGGGGAAACCUGACUUUGGCUUCUACUGAAAAGAAGGAUGUUUUGGUUCCCUGCCUAAAGGCUGGCCAUGUGGGAGUCGUGUCUGUGGAGUUCAUUGCCCCAACCUUGGAGGGAACAUACACUUCCCAUUGGCGUCUUUCUCACAAAGGCCAGCAGUUCGGGCCUCGGGUCUGGUGCAGCAUCAUAGUGGAUCCUUUCCCCUCCACAGAGAGCCUGGAUAACAAUGAAAAGAGCAUGAUCAGCUCAAGCAGAGGUGAUGAUCUCACCUGCCAGCAAGAGGAAGCUUUUCUGGCUAAAGAAGAAAUUCUGCCUGGUGAAGCAACUGAACAGACAGAAGGGACAGGAGCUCUCAUCCCACAGAAGGCAAAGCAUGCUGCCAGCAAGAGAGAGCUCUACAUCCCAUCUGUGGACCUUCUGACUGCCCAGGAUCUGCUGUCCUUUGAGCUGUUGGAUAUAAAUAUUGUCCAAGAGUUGGAGAGAGUGCCCCACAACACUCCUGUGGAUAUGACUCCCUGCAUGUCUCCUCUGCCACAUGACAGUCCUUUAAUAGAGAAGCCAGGCUUGGGGCAGAUACAGGAAGAGAGUGAAGGGGCGGGAUUUAAAGCACUUCCUGAUUCCACAGUGUCAGUCAAGAAAAGGGCCGAGAACAUUGCUUCCGUGGAGGAACCAGAAGAUGAUUUGAGUGGGACCCAGUUUGUGUGUGAGACUGUCAUCCGAUCCCUUACGUUGGAUGCUGCCCCGGAUCACAAACCACCUUGCAGACAGAAGUCCCCGCAGAUGAAAUUUGCCUCACCUGAAGAGGGACCACUUGCAGACGAGAGGGAGGAGAUUGUCCAAAUUGCUGAAGAAGAGGCUGUUGUGGAGGAAGAGGAUGAGCUCAAAGAUGAAGUUCGGAGUCAGUCCUCUGCUUCUUCAGAGGACUAUAUCAUCAUCCUGCCUGAGUGCUUUGACACCAGCCGCCCCCUGGGGGACUCCAUGUACAGCUCUGCACUCUCACAGCCAGGCCUGGAGCGAGGGGCUGAAGGCGAGCCUGGGAUUGAGGCUGGGCAGGAACCAGUCGAAGCUGGGGAGAGACCCCCUGGAGGGGAGAGCCAGCCACAAGGGCACAGCAUCAGUGACAUCCUUAUGACCUCACAGACUCUGGACACAGUGCCCCUAACCCCAGAGGUGGUGGGGCCUCCGCCACAGCUGCCCAGGAGUCCUCCCUGUGCACAGCAUCAUGGCUCCCCAGGAGUGGAUUUACCAGUUACCGUACCAGAAGUUUCUUCAGUCCCUGGUCAGAUCAGAGGAGAGCUCAGAGGCUCAUCAGGACUUGUAAACAGCAGACCGAAGAGCUAUGACCACUCAAGGCACCACCACCACCACCACGGGAACAGCAUUGCUGGAGGACUGGUGAAGGGGGCUUUGUCCGUUGCUGCCUCUGCAUACAAGGCCUUGUUUGCUGGACCACCAGUCACUGCACAGCCAGUAGUUUCUGAAGAUCAGACAGCAGCCCUGAUGGCCCAUCUCUUUGAAAUGGGAUUCUGUGACAGGCAGUUGAACCUAAGGCUGCUGAAGAAACACAAUUACAACAUCCUGCAAGUGGUGACAGAACUCCUUCAGGUCAACAACAACGAUUGGUAUAGCCACCGCUACUGA